UCUACACAAGGGGUAAACAUUGACAGUGUGCCGCAAGCUGUCACGAGUGGAGGGAGUUGCCGCUCCGUGCACACCCUGCCUGCCACUCCUCCCAUUUAUACACACACUAACCCUCAACUUGAUCUCUCGGUGACCUUAUAAUCCCCUUACCCACCCCCAGCUCCCCACAAUUCACCACCCAGCGGCUUCCUUGACCCUAAAUAAGUGACUUGGUACCGUCGUGGCCUCGUGGUGACCCUAAGCUCCACUGACCUGUCGUGACCUGCUGCUGACCUCCGCUAUGGCCAAGUGGGGCGAAGGUGACCCGAGGUGGAUUGUGGAGGAGCGCCCUGAUGCCACCAAUGUCAACAACUGGCACUGGUCAGAGAAGAAUGCAAGUGGGUGGAGCAAAACGAAGAUAAAGUCUCUGUUUGAAGGACUAGAGCUGGAGGAACCCAAUUUAGGCACAGUGACCAUUAAGGAGGUGACGAAGUGUGACGGGGAUGCCACAGCGAGUAACCGGAAGGGCAAACUCAUCUUUUUCUAUGAGUGGGUCGUCACCAUGGACUGGACGGGCUGCCUGCUGGCCGACCCGAAGAGGGAGGUGAAGGGGACACUGGAGAUCCCCAACUUGUCCGAGGAAAAUGACCCAGAGGAAGUGGAUGUGAAUGUGUCUGUGACGGCAGGAGGGUCGGGUGGUGAUGCGAUGAAGGAGUUUAUCCGCAAGAAGGGAAUCGUGACCCUGCAGGGGAAGAUUAAGGAGUAUAUUGACACUCUGAAGCAGGAGUAUGCGACGGACCUCAUUAAGCCCACGAAGGGACAGGCCGUCACCAAACAGAGCAAGACCAUCGUGAGUGCCCCAAGACAGACCAUGGUGUCCUCGCAGAUCAACUCGGCUGUGAGUGACGUGGAGAAGCUUGGCCUGGGUGUGAAGAUCAAGACGUCCCAGCUGACACUGAACCAGACCUUUAAGUGCACGGCUGACGAGCUGUACCGCGCCCUCACACAGCGGGAGAUGGUGGCAGCCUUCACCCGCGGAGACGUAAAAUUGGAGGUAGAGAAAGGAGGAAAGUUUGAAUUCUUUGGAGGAAACAUUUCUGGCGAGUUUGAGGAGCUGGUGCCCAACAAGAGGAUAGUGCAGAAGUGGAGGUUCAAAUCAUGGCCCUGCGGUCACUACUCGAAGGUCACCCUUGAGAUCGACCAGAAGGAGGACUGCACUCAAAUCAAGCUGACCCAGACCAGUGUGCCAGCGAGUGAGGUGGAGAAGACCAAGGAAGGCUGGAACAACUAUUACUGGGAAAGCAUCAAGAGAACCUUCGGAUUUGGUGCAAUUCUACUCUGAGCUUAGGACGGCUGCACCACCAUCACCACCGCCGCCACCACCACUGCUGACACCACCACCACUGCUACUACUACUACUACUUUUGAUGUUGAUGCUAUUAUUACUACUAUUACUACUACUAAUACUACUGCUGCUGGUAUUGCUGGUACAACUACUUAUCCCGUUUUCUUUCAGCUGCAGUUGUGUGUGUGUAGUAUUUAAAUGUUGCUGUCUCUCUUAACAUUUUGUAUUGUAAUGAUGUGUGUGCGUAUGUGUGUGAUGUUAUGCACACACACGCAUGCGCACACACACACACACACACACACACACACACACACACACACAUGAAGAUUUGUAUAGUUAUGUGUGUUAUAACCAAAAAGUAUGAAAUAUAUAGACAAUCCUUAACACACACACACACACACACACACACACACACACACACACACACACACACGUUUUGAAAGAAGCACAAACUUGAGUCAUGUUUUUACUUUGUUUUAUUAAUUUAUUCUUUUAUCUGGCCUUGUGAAAAAUUGCGUUUGUGGUGAAUUUCAAGGCCAUUUCAAGCAGAAGUUGUUAUAGUUGUUAGUGAAAGAGUGAGAGUGAUGCUUGUAGUGAAAUUGAUGAAGAUAAUGAUGAUAAUGAUGAUGAUGUACUUGUGCAGGGAAAAAAAAAAAUGGAGUACCAACAUUUUAGACGAAGUUGUAAUGUACGGAAUGACGUUUUAAUUAACUUUUUUUUUUUUUUUUACUUAUUAAUUUUUUUAACGACGUGCCUUUGCUGUUUGCCUGUUUAUUGUUUAUGAUUUAGUUGUUUGUUUGUCUAUUUCAUUUUCUUUUAGACCUUGUGAAGCAGUAUACUAAUUUUUGUUUCCUUUUUCCCCCCCCUUCAGAUACAAGUUUGUAAUUAUUUAUACACCUAUUUAUUUAGAAAGACAAAUGUGAAAGCAGUCAGUGUAAUCAUCAAUCUUUUAUUUCAUCUAUACAUUUCUCUGUGGCAGGAGUCUAUAUGUAAUUUCCCCCCAUGAUUUCCCUACGUGUUUGCCGUCUUGUUUCCUGAAAAGUUAUGUACCAUGGAAAUUUACGUGUAAUGGGGAUUGAAGAAGAAAAUGGAGUGCGGUUCUAUCUUUGCUUCUCAGUUUAACACAUCUUGACUAUUAAGGAACCAAUUGACUGUGUGUGUUGGUUACCUGCUGGACGACAAUUAUUACUCUCAGGUAUAUAUUUUUUUUUGUGGUCACUGUAUUUGUCUGUUUAUUUAUUAAUUUAUUCAUUCAUGACUGGUUUGUUUGGCUUGUUUGGCUUGUUCAUCUCUCUCUCUCUCUCUCUCUCUCUCUCUCUCUCUCUCUCUCUCUCUCUCUCUCUCUCUCUCUCUCUCUCUCUCUCUCUCUCUCUCUCUCUCUCUCUCUCUUCCAGUUUUGAUCUUUUCCCUGUUCCUCUUUUUAUUUUCGUUUUCUUUCUUUUUUUAAAGUUUUCUUUUUGCUUUUUUUUUGGUUUCUCCUUUCUUUCAUUUUUUUUAGUUAUUUCUCCAUUUCUUCUUUUUUAUUAUUUUCCAUCUUCCUUUAUCCGAUUGAUUUUUCCCCCUCUUCCUGUCCUUCGUCUUUUAUUCAAUCUUCAUUAUUAUUAUUAUUAUUAUUAUUAUUAUUAUUAUUAUUAAUAGUAGUAGUAGUAUUAGUAGUAGUAGUAGUAACAGCAGCAGCAGCAUCAACAUCACUUAUUCAUCUAUUUAUUUACUAUAACACAUCUUGUAGUGACGAUGUAACAGUACCUUGACCUGAAGUAUGACCCGUGACCUCCCCUGACCCUCUCCCAGUGACCUGAGGCUAAGGAGAGGGGGGAGGGAGGGAGAGACAUCAACUGGGCCGUAAUGGAGUGAAGGGGGAGGGAGGGAGGGGGCGGAAUGGAGUCAGCAGUGGUGCAUGUGUUUGGAUUACCCUUAGAAUAUUAAUCCAUUUUCAUCCAUACAAGCAAACGUACAUAAAUAAAGAUAACGAGAAGAUUAUAAGUGUUAAUGGCUUGUUUCAUUGAGUUGUCGGCUUCUUUUGCCCUGCGGUGCUUGGUGAGGCGGGUAAUGAAAAGGUUUUAAGUGGUAAUGGGUCUGGCUUGUUUUUGCCCUACGGUGCUUGUUUGGGGGUGGGGAGGGCUUGUGGGGGGAGGGGAGAGGGCAUGGGGGAAAAUUAAAGGAUGGAACGGGGGAAGAAAAUAUGGAAUGAUAAAUGAAGGGAAGGAAGAAAUGUACUUGUGUAAUUCUCUCUCUCUCUCUCUCUCUCUCUCUCUCUCUCUCUCUCUCUCUCUCUCUCUCUCUCUCUCUCUCCUUAACUACUGUACAAGCCAAUUAUCCACUAACUACCUAUAACAAUACCAUCCCAGUAUCGUUUCAUCAGUGCAUUUUAGAAACCCUUAAUCUCACAUGCAUCUAACACUAUUUUAAUUAAGUAAUAUUGGUCUUUUAUUUCCUGCUGUAUGUGCAGAUGACAGUAUUGUGUACGUGGCCAGCUGUUGUGUGUGCCAGGGUGGUCCACGAGCGUGUCUUUCCCCAGGGGCUGACGGGGAUGUGAUGAUGAUGAUGAUGAUGAUGAUGUGUGUGUGUAUGUGUGUGUGUGUGUGUGUGGUGCCUUGUCUGGGCCGCCCCGUGUGGGAUUGCCGGCCUGGAAUGUAUGUAGGUAGAAAGAAGAAAAAAAAAAAAGUAAUAAUAAAGAAAUUUGUAAUAAUAGUAAAAAAAAAAUGAAUAAAUGAAAUAGGUAAAAUAAAAUAAGUAAAAUAUGUGAAAAAAAGAUGAAUAAAACAAAAUAAAAUAUGUAAAGAAUAGAAAUAAUAGAGGUGAACAGAAAAUAAUAAUAAUAAUAAUAAUAAUAAUAAUCUUGUGAGGGUGUAAUUUCUGAAGUAGCUCAUUGAAGCAUUGUAACCUCACACCAAGACUAUUUUUAAAGGCCACAGUAAUUAUUUGUUAGGUUAUCAGGGAUGUUUUCCCAUUGAUGAUGCAGAAUCCUAAUUAAAUCAUCGCUACAGCCAUGCCAGUACACUUGAAAACCUUUAGAACCUUCACUACAUCCUAUUCAAAGUAGAGAUGGAGCUUCGAAACAUUUGAGUCGACCAAUGCAAGGUUUCGAAGCGCGUCCCCGUCCGAUGUUAAGUCUAGCCUCGCAUCGCCUCACAGUCCUUAUUCUCCCCUCGGCCUUCAUUGCGCAGAAGAAAUCCUACGAGCGAACGAGGAAGUGAGGGAAUGAGGAGUCGAGUGAAGAAAUCCAACGAGCGAGCGAGUAACUGAAAGAAGGACGAGUCGAGGGAAUUAUGAGUGAAGUGAAGAAGUCCAAGUAAGUAAGUAAGUAAGUAAGUGUCAAGUGGAGAAAUCGAGCGAGUGAGGGAGGAAGGCUUGCUCGCUCAUUCGUUCGGUGAGGAAGUCCAUGCCGGUCAGAGUGAGGGGGGAGUAACUGAGGGGCCAGCACACGCAUAAACACGCACCCACGCUCGCUUCACAUCUAGGCGACAUGGUUCUGAUAAGUAGCCUCGUGUAUGACAGGAAAAAUGUUCUGACACUUCUGCCUGCACCUCCAUUACUUUCCUAAGGCGCUAGUAGAAGUGUGUUUGAGCGGUUUAACGGUUCUAGUGACUAACAAGGAAACUAGCGAGCGAAUCCGGCUAAUAUAGUUCGUGGCUCUGGAAGAUUGUAAUGGAAGAUGGUUAUGGUAAUGGCGAAAGUCUCUUGAAUACUGGCCUGUAGUUUCCUGGGAUAACUGCACAACAAUCGGUACUCGUCUUUAGAUAACUGCCCCAACCAUCUAAAAACUAGUCUCGCUUGAACUGAGGAACCGUCUUUAGAUAACUGCCCCAACCAUCUAUAGAUAACUGCCCCAACCAUCUAACAUCUACAGUCUCGCUUGAACUGAUAACUUUAUGCCAGGCGGUAACUAUGAACUUCCCCAAGCAUAUGUUACUAAACUAUCCCGCAAACUUGCCACGAAAAUUGUUGAUAGGCGUCGCGGUAACCAUCACUGUAUCAAAACUGCGCUGAAGAUUGUAUCGAUAUUUGAAACGCCCUCACAUCAGAGGAAAAUCACGAUAGUUCUACGUCACUGAGGAAAAUUUUGAUAGUCCGAUUUGAACUGUUUAUGAAAUUGGUGACUCGACAAUCUAGACUAUGAAGACUAUGAACUGACGGACUCCGAUAGUCUUCAUACUGCUUGAGAUACUCGGAUAUAAUUACUCAAAUUGUCUUGAUAGGUAGUAAUUACAGCCUCGCACACUGUUGAUUUUGUCUUGUUUAUAUUGUGAAGUCGACCAAUAAAAAAGUCGACCAUUCUUUACUUGGAGCUAGUAUAUAUAUUUUAAGGUGUCCAGUCAGUGAUUAUUAUUUUUUCCACAGGUGAAGUUGGUGAAGGAUGAAGAGGGAGGAAGUUCAUGCGGGCUGGUGUGAGGGAGGACUGAUGACACCACCACGGCUGCUGCUCAUCUAAAACGGCUUUGUUCUGAUAAGCAGCCAUCCUACACGUUUUAAAGUACUGAUGCUGUGAAGACGCGGGAGGCGGAAUGGUGCUGGCACGCAGGCCUAGGCCUCUCCGCGCCUCGCCUGCACCCUGUCCUGCUGCUGUAUGUGGUGAAUUAAUUGUAACGAUGUGUGUAAGACUCGUUGAUUGGUUGUUUCCGGUUGAUGAGCUGCAGUGUUUUAAGUCAGAGACUCCCAAAUAUAUACAAUAUUUAUUGGUUUUUCAUUUUUUUUUUUUAAAUAAUUUCCUUUCCGUGAGG